AUGGCGCUCACAAAUCUCGACCUCGUUAACCAAUGCGAUGGCUUCCCGUAUCCUGACGUAAACUCCGAGACGUACCUUGCAUCGAUAAACACUUACUACCAAUUGCGCGUCACAGGCUACAACUAUGCACUGGGUUACAUGCUCCCAUCGGUUGUCGAGGUGUUCCGCGGGGUACCCAGCUGGGAAAUCGACGACGAUGCUCGCGUUCUUUACCUCACCGGCGGUUCCAACGCAGAUGAGCGAUCGAAAGCGGUAGAAACGACGCUAUUGGCUAUGCGACAAACGGGUCACUUCAAGGUUCUGGAAAAAUGGCGAGGAGAACUAUAUGCCGUGUACGGGCUCGGCAAAGAAUUGUUGUUCAAUGUGGAGAGGAGUGCCAGCUGCCUGUUUGGCGUGGUCACGUAUGGGGUGCAUCUCACAGCGUUCACACGGAAAGAUGGGGAGUUGAAAAUCUGGACACCGAGACGGGCCCGUAACAAGCAGACGUACGGCGGCAUGCUAGACAAUGCGGUAGCGGGCGGCAUUGCAUCGGGUGAAUCGCCGUUUGAAAGCCUUGUAAGAGAGUGUGGAGAGGAAGCUUCGCUUGACGAAGAGUUUGUUCGGUCAAGCGCAAAAGCAUGUGGUACAGUCACAUAUUGGUACAUUCGAGACGAGAGAGCGGGAGGUGAGACGAACUUGAUGCAGCCAGAGGUUCAAUACAUUUACGAUCUCGAACUUCCCGAAGACACGAUACCAAAGCCCGGCGAUGACGAAGUUGAGCAGUUCUACCUGUGGAGUGUGGACGAGGUGCAAGAAGCUAUGAGGAAGGGCGAGUUCAAGCCCAACUGCGCGUUGGUCGUGCUGGACUUCCUAAUUCGACACGGCAUCCUCACGACAGAGAACGAGAGAGACUACAUUGAGAUUGUAAGUCGGCUGCACAGGAAGCUCGAGUUUCCUACACUAUGA